UUUUUUUACAGUCACCUCUUAGUGGCGGGUGCGAACGGUCUGUCGUGUCGUGAGUCGAUACCGUUUGUCGCGUUGGUUCGCGGUCCGCGUGUGGGAAAAACGAAAUUUUUUUUUUGACGAAAAUCGCCUAUCCGGACAAGUAUUGUUUUUUAUAUCGUGUUACCGUUUGUUUACAAUAGUGUCCGUUGUGGAUUUUAUACGUUCAAACGAGCCGACGACCGCAGAACCGCGAGGUUUAACCGUGUGAAUAUAUUAUUAAUGCACCGCGAACCGGGAGUCGUCGUCUAGGGGACUUGACCCGAGAUCAUCAGACGAUCAGAGUGAAUCCAGACGAGGUGAACUGCAUUACGAAUCAUGAGCACGAGAUUCCACAAAGCGGCUCAAGACGGUUUCGUAAACCCACUGAAAGAGGCGACUAAAAGAGAUUGUAAUGCUAAAGACGAUGACGGUAUGACGCCGACGCUUUGGGCGGCUUACAAAGGGCACCUUGAAGCGCUGAGGAUACUCGUUGGCAGAGGGGGUGAUCCAGAGAAAUGCAAUUACCAUCUUGGACAAAAUGCAUUACAUCUGGCCGCGUCUAAAGGCCAUUUGAGUUGUGUGACCUUUUUAGUUGGUUUCGAUGUCAACUUGUGGGCUUUGGACUUGGACUUUCUCACAGCAAUGCAGUUAGCAGCCAUACACGGCAAAUCACAAGUACUCCAAUACUUGGAUAAAGCGGCCGCAUCUCAAAUGAUACAGAACAGAAAAAAAGUUGAAUCUAAGAAAGAAAAAGCUCAAAAAGACGCAGAACGUAACCAAAAAAAGUAUGAAGAACGGACAAAAAAAGAAAGAGAAAAAGAGAAAAAGCAAAUUAGAAGGGUGGAAAAAGAAUACUUGGGUGGCAACAAAGCAGAUUCGGAAACUGCCAUACCUACAGUCAGAUCAAUUCCUUCGUCUUUGCGCAAAUCGUCAUCGGACCUAUCAUGUAAGUCGUUUACGGAGAUCGUCGGAUCUGGUACCGUGAAAAAACCGUUUGUUAGCUCGGGUGGUGUGAAAAAGAUAUUGGACAGGAAACUGAAGGCGGCAGCGGCAGCGGUGGAUGCGCACAACAAAACCAAUAAAUCAACGUUCAGAUUGAUAAAAGAGGUCGAGGAUAGCACGAGUGUACGAACCAUAACAUCCAACGGAGAUUCACAAAUUAUUUAUGUCAAUUCGUACGAGAACGAAAAUGGAGGGAAAAGAGGCAGGAUUUCGGAUGUCUUCGAGUUACACCGCACCAUUUCGCAACCGAACUUCACCAUGGAUCUACAACAGAACGACGACGCCAAUAAAGUACACUGGCACGAUCGAGGUAGCAUGUUCGAUCGACCAGGUUUUGGAAGCGUUGCGUUCAGACAAAAUGUGACCACAAUUCCAGUACCAGAUGUGUCUAGAGCGACUAUUGAAGACGAGUCGUGCAGUAUCGGCAGCGCUGGAAGUCUGGUGAAGCGGAACCAACCGAGCAGCACUAUGUCCUGGGACGAAUUCCAAAACAGCGACGAGGAAAACAUCGCGCUGAACGGGCGCAGUACAAAAUGGUCGGCCGUGCACAAGUUUCUGGUGUCGGCGGGCGUCGGCGAGUACGUCAACAAGUUCGUCGAGCAGCGGGUGGACCUAGAAGCACUGUUCAUGCUCGACGACCGGGAUUUGAUCUCGCUCGGCCUGCCUCUGGGCCCCAGGAAGAAGCUGCUUGGCGCCAUCGAAGAGCGGGCGAGGAGACGAUGUGUCCACGAAAACAUUAGCGUCUGCACAACCGGAGUGGACACGAUAGGUCCUGCAAAAUCGCUGAACGAGUGCUAAACAAUGUUAUAUACAAAAAUAAACCCAAAUCACUGUAUCGCGGACCGCGGUUAUUCGUUAAGCGAGUUAGGUAUCUGUGCAAUGUGCAGGGCUGUGAUUUUAACUCACUGAAAAAAAUGUAUGAGUUAAAAAAUGACACGAAUUCGUUUUAAAAAUAAAUAAUAUGAAAAAAAGUCAUUUUAAAUAAUUUUCGUCGUGAAUAAUAUAUGAUUUCGUUUUAAUUUGUGUCUAUAAAUACAUAUAUAAAUCAUAAUACUCAAGAGUUGUUAACUGUAUUUAUAAUUUUUACUGACAAUAAUCUAAAAAUAGUUCGUCUACGGAUUUAAAAUUGUAUAUUACGACGUCAGAAUCGAAACGAAAAAUAGCGGUCGAUCUUGAUCGAUGAAUUUCUAAAAAACAAAAACAAACAUUAAAAUAUAUCAAGUACAAUAUCGUGUUAUUAAAUCACACACAUUAGUAUUUUAUACGAAUAGUAUAAGAAUAUUAUGUUAGUAUACGAUAACCGUAAAAUAAAUUUCAAUCAAAUUCAAUUUCAAUUUCUUCUAUGAAAAAACACGCAACUGCCUACAUUAAAAUUCACAGCCUUGGACGUAUGCUGAUCGACGUUUGAAAAAAAAAAAAUAUGUAUUUUCAAGUGCAACUUACUUUUGUCUGAUCGACGUCACACGAUAUACAUUGACGGGCAUUUUAAUAUUUUGGAAAAGAUCUUUAUAGAUACUGUUAAAAACUAAGUAUUGAACAAAAUAAGACGUAACAUAAUUUUGAUUGAACACCUGCGAUAAGUACGGCAAAUAUAAAUAUAAGUAUAAUAAUAAUAUAUAAGAUAUUAACGAUAUAAUAAUAUAAUAUUAUUUUCGUAUAAGUGCUAAUUUUUUACGUUAUUUGUAUGAUAACUGUAUAAAUUAAUAUUAAAUUGUUACGCGUUUGUGCAUUAUUACUUGAACCAUUGUUUUUCUCUGCUUUAGUGCUUUUGGUUUGGACUUGUAACUAAUAAUUAUGAAUUAACUCAUGAUUCGUGUUAUUUUAUUUUUAAUAAUUAUUAUUACGUACGUCACUACUAUUACUAUAGAAUAAUAUAACUAUCUUAGAACUUAUUGUAAUAAGAUUUGUGUAAUGUAAUAUACAAUCGUAUAAUAUUUUAACUGGCAAUGACAAUAAUAAUAAUGAUUGUUUUAUUAUUAAAUAAAGCUAUGUUUGUGAUUAGUGAUUACGUAUACUUACCAUUAAUAUUAAGUAUUAAUAUUACUAAAUAGAUUUAUAGGCAGGUACUUGAGCCGAUACUGUCGUCGAGAUUCACAAAAUACGUAAAACAAUUUUAAGCUGUAUUAUACAUAUAUAUUUAUUAUACUUAAAAAGAGUACUUGUGGCUAAUAAACCGAUUUGUGUAUGAUUUAUAUGGACUAGAAGA